GGCGGGUCCUGACUAGACCGCGUCGCGCUCGGGGGCCGCGCCGGGUAGCGUUUCUUUCUGGUGCCCGGGGCGGCUCUGGCUCCGAGAGCCCUUCGCCGGCUCCACGGGGACCUCUGUGCACGGAUGGACCCGCCCGGACCCGGCGGGAAGCGGCCCGGCAGGCGGCGGCCCCGGCGGCGUCAGCAGAGGCAGGACAGGGCCGGGGCCGCGGGUCCCUGAGGCGCGCGGGCCCACUGGGUCCGGCGGCGACACCAUGAUGCCGGGCGAGACCCACUCGGCGGCGCCCGGGACGGCGGCUGACCUCUCGCGCUGUCAGGGCUGCGCCUCCCUGCAGCAGAAUUUGAAUGAAUAUGUCGAAGCACUAAUUACCUUGAAGCAAAAAAUUAUUAAUACAGAUAAUUUGUUAACAGAGUAUCAGAAGAAAUGUGAUGAGCUGCAAUUUGCAAGAAGAGAGAAUAGUACUCUCCAUCACCAAGUGGAACAGAUGCUUCAAAAAAUUUCUCCUCUGCAGAAGUGUCAGGAAGAACUGGGAUCUUUAAAAGCAGAGCUGGAAGAGAAAAAGAGUUCUCUGAAGUUGUAUCAGGAUACCCACCAGGAAUACGCUCGUGUGAAGGAAGAGUGCUUGAAAACCGAUGCGCAGAAGAAGAAACUAGAAGCCAAGGUGAAGAAGCUGGAAGAGGCUGCUGUCAAGCAAACUCAGGACUUCAAGCAACUUCGGAAUGAAAAGAAGAUUCUUGAGAAGGAGUUUAAGAAGACGCAGGAAAGACUUGAUGAAUUUUCUAAACAAAAAAAUGAAAAGGAGUUGAGACAUAUUGGAACACAAAUUUCGAAUGAGUCUCAUGGAAGCAUCGAUAAAAGAAAAGUGAAACUGCUUCUGAAGGAACUCUGGCUCUGUGUGAACACAACUCACAGACUGCCUGGCGAGGGCAGCAGAUGUAUCCCAGAAGAACCUGCCAAAGAAAACUCCGGAUCCAGGGAGCUGGGGGAGGAUGGCGUGGCCCCUCCAGCAGGGGGCAGUCCUCUCAGGGCCUCGUCUGUGCAGACCUGCCUGGCGGAACUGUCCAUGGAGAUAGAGGGCGACUUCUCCGAGUAUAAAGACGUGGCAGGGGAGGGGCCUGGGGGAGCAGCCUCCCUCGGGGAUGGCUGGCUCGAGGGGGGCCGCGAUCCUGCGCCUGGAGGGCAGAGGAAUGACGAGGACAGCAUGGACUUUUCUGAUCAUGACCCUUGCUUCGAUGAAGACCUGCAGGCCGCGGUGGACUUCUUCAAGCUCCCACCUCCUCUUCUGUCCCCCGUGCCCUCCCCCCCGCCCGUGACGUCGCCCCGCCCGGGCCCGUUACCACCUGCGCUCGCCCCUGAAACCUGUUUUGGAGAGUGUACGGAUUCCAGUGAUAGUGAAAUGCAUGAAGUCCAGCAGAGGAAUUCUGAGUCUGUCUCAGAGGGUGACACGCCCGCAUCCCGGGACGGUUUUAGCUCAUCUGGAAACAGGAAAGGAGGUGCAUGGGAAGAAAAGCCGAAACCGCAGGAAGCCGCCCAGGCUCUCAGCGCCCUGGAGGUCAGCAAAGUGACCACGGUUGGGUUUGGGACAUUCACAGCAGCACUGACAGAGCCUUCGGCCACACUCUCCUUCGCUCGUGAGACAUCCUGGACGUUGUCAUCCGAGUUGCUGAGCGACACAGAGAAGGGCAUUUUGGAUGAGGCGCGAAGGCAGAGAGCGGUCAGGGAUGCGGACAGGGCAGUGCCCACGGAGAAGCCACGUCCUGAACCCCUGGGCAGCCUGGCUCGUGGGGAGGCCCCGGCCUUGGGCACAUCUGACUCACGUCCUCCCCACCUUGGCCCUCGACCGCCGCAUGAGCCCAGUGCUUCUGAAGGACAGACCCCGGGAUCCAGAGUGAUGGGGUCACUCGGGUCAGAGCUGACCAGGGGGGCGCUGGCUGAUGGGGUCACUUCUGAAUCAGGUGGUCUGUCACUUUCUGGCCAUUUGCAGGGACCAUCUAGAGACUUGGAGAAGGAGAGAGAAGGCACGCCAGGUCUCAUUUCAGGAGAGCCCCCUGUGCAGGGAGUAGUGGGGGCCGCAGCGGUGGCAGCAGGGCUCAGCCCUGAGGACGUGUUGUCAUCCUCCUCGGCCUCGGCAGCCUCCUCUCUCUGCAGCCACCCCCCGUCUCCCCCUGGGCUGGAGGAUGACGAAGAUACUCAUAUGCCUGCUGAAGGAGGCCCUUCCCAGCUGCUGCGCUCGCAACACAAAGUACAAGCCACCACGUUCAACCUGCUGGCUGUACAUGCCGAGUCCCCGCAGCGUCCCAUAGGGGACAGCCACCUGGAGAGCGGCUCACUGGCUUUGAGCCCGGGGGCGGGGGCACGUGACUCUAACGGUCAGAGGAACAGCGGGCUGGGGUGGAGGACACUCGCGAAAGCCAGUGCAGAUGGCUGCUCACUCCCACAGCUGGUAGUCCCGAGAGCCACGGGGGACAGGCUGGGUGAGAGGCAGGUGCCAAGCAGGUCAGACCUCACAUUGUCGGCAGGGCCGCAGUCGGGCUUGGUCAGGAAUGGCGUUGGCUUUGCUAAAAGCAUGUGGUGGCACCGUAGCGCUUUGUUUCAGUGGGGCGGUGAGGAGAGCCGAGGAGCCAGACCCGAACCAGAACACGAGACUGGCCAUCCGUCACACAAGGCCACACCAUCCUCGGAAAGGACAGAGUCGGCAUCCAAGCCUGAACGUGCCGGCGAGGGUGACAGGCCUGGGGGGUCCAGGGCCACGGUGUCCUUGCUGCCUAACCAGGUGUCGGUUAUCACCAAGCAGGCCCGGCCUGAAGCCACGCAGAGCACUCGCUGGGGGCCCCCCAGGCCCGCUGGGCCUGAGCCUCCCUCAGUGGCAGACGUGACCAGCGGGCCUGGAGCGGCUUCUGGAGCAGGAUGUGGAGAAAGAGAGCACCCAGCACAGAGGGCCCGGGAGCCGCCGGCUCCACGGGGGGCCGGCCCCAGAGCGCCCACCUCGGGGAGGAGGUUAGAUUUUGAUUCACCAGCGGAAAAUUCCCGUGGCCCCACAAAUGGCAAAUUGUCUGUCUUUUCCCAGAACGUCCCAGUCCCCAAACAAGACGUGGUGACAGAAGCCACAGCACGGGAAGAGACGCAGAUGCAGACCCCGUGUCUUCAGGCCACAGACCUGGACUCGCCCGGGUUGGGUGUGGACACACGUCGUCCAGCCCCAGAGGUGCCACUGCCCAGGGGUCUUCCUGCUAAAGAAACACCCUGUGGAGAUGUGGUCAGGUCAGCCGGGGAGGCCCUGGCCAUUUCAGAGGGCCUGCCUGUGAUACCGAAGGGCCCGAACCCACAUCUGCAGCUGCCAUCUCCAGCUCUUGGUCCCGCCUCUUCUGAAGGUCUGGGCACCUUGGGGCCCACUUCUUCACCAGCGUUGGGCAGAGCAGACACGGAGGAGCACGCCGCCCCGCAGAGUAGCCUUUCUGGCACCCUGUACUGUUACAGCGGCAUCCGCGAGGCAGGGGGUGGUGACCCUGAGGUGGAAGAGAGUGAGGCACCGAGCUGCAGCGAGGGCGAGAACGAGCCCUUGGCUGCGCUGGAGAGCGGCCCGCAUCGUGCGGGCGACGAUGCCUCUGGAAGAGAUCGGGGAGCUGCGGGUGCAGGGGCGGCCCAGCGCAGGCCGUCCGAGGAGGUGGGGCACCUGACCUCAGCCCUGCGCGCCUGCAGCAUCAGCACGCCCUCCGAGGCAGACCGGCUCUCCACGUCCGAGGUCGUCACCUUUCUUGAAAGUUGUCAGCUGAGAGAUUACAGUUCAGGGGACUCUGUCUCAGAAUGUUCCAGCAAAGGCACCCGAAGCAAAGGAAGGAACACGGACGUAAAGCCAAGUGAGCCAUCAGAAGAAAAAUACAGAAAGCAGCUCUGCGAGGAAGAAACACUUGACACCUCUGAAGAGUGGGUGGACUCAGAGGAAGAGGACUGUCCUUUACGGGGCUCGGCCGCGCUUGCUCAGUGCUCCCUGGAUACGCUCUCCGAGGCGCUGACCAGGAUCGGCCAGGAGCUGCAGCCCAGGCAGGAGGAGGCCGGGGGGAAAGGCGCUGAUGACUUGCUGCUCUUGACUGUGCACGACAGCGCGGCAGCAGGGCGUGCGGAAGAGCCAGUCCCCCCUCCCGAGACGACCAGCCCCUCCUCUCCGCCCUCAGAUCCACCCCUGCCCACGGUCGGCUCGGACACUGGCGGGGAGUCCGACCAUGAGACCGCUCGGAGCAGCUCCAAGACCCCCGUGGAUGCGGUCGGGCCAGCGGCCAGCGGGGAGGAGGCCCCACCGGCGGAAUGCCUGUGCGCGGACACGGGGGCCGGGCCGGGGGAAAUGACCUUUCAGUGUCAGAUCUCUACCGUGACCUCGGAAGUCAUCAGUGUGCUGAUAAAUAAGGAUCAAAAUCUCGUCAUCGAGAAAGGGGACAACUGGACCAUCAUCAACGGGGUGGCCCUCAUGCCCAGCGUGGACCAGGUGAUCCUGUGUGACGCCUCUGACGACGCCCCUGUGUCCCCGGAUCCAGAAGGGCUGGGAGCUGGUUUCCUUUCCGUUCCUUCUGCAGAGACGUCCCCGGAGACCGGGGCUGCUUUUCAGGAGCCCCAGGCUGGCAGUCAGGUGGCAGGUACCCAGGAGGACGCUGCGAGCAGUGGUCAGAGCGCUAACUUUGAUAAAAGUCGUCUGCGGAACAGGCCUGUUAAACCCAGCGUGAGGAUCAGUUCUGAGAUAUACGAUCAGAACUUUGAGUCGCAGACUGUUCCCUCCGAUCACACUUACUACAACUCCAAACUAGAGCCCUUUGGCAAAGCCAAGAACCGAUCGAAGAUUUCAAACAGAGAUCAGGCCAGCAAAGCAGCGAAGACCCCAGCAUCGGGCAAAGUCGAAGCUCCUCAGGGGGAAGCGUCUCCAUCAUUUCCGGGGGAAAGAGGCACCCCGAGAACCCAGAGGAACCCCACGCAGACCAUCCUGGCGAGCGCGGACACGUCCACACCUGCGGACUGCUGCGCGGACACGCUGAGCAAGAUCCGGCAGGAGGUGGGGCCGCCGCUGCCGCCUCUGCUGGCGCCCCUGGUCGCCACGCCGCCGCGCAUCGCGCUGCCAGCCUCGCCGCUCGUCUCCAGUUCCAGCCCCGGCUCCCCCGUCUCCCCGCUCUGCGACCUCCCGGUGCCCGCGAUGAUGUCACCCUUGCCGGAGGAGCCGGGGCAGCCCUCUCCUUGCCCGUCCCCGCCCGCCGCGCCCGCCAGUGAGCGGGUCCUGUCGUCGCCUCUGCAGUUCUGCGCGGCCACCCCGAAGCACGCGCUCCCGGUGCCCGGCCGGCUGCCCCGCCUCACGCCUGCCCAGCCCGCGGUGGCGGCGCCGCAGGAGAACUCGGUGAAGAUCCUGGACACCAUGUACCCGGAGCUGUCCGCCAGGGCCCGCACCCUCAGCAUCCUCAAGGGGAACCUGCAGCUCGCCCGCGCCCCGCCCGACGGGAAGACGCGGCCGGGGCCCGUGUGCCCAGCGACAGGCUUCAAAGCCAUCACCUCGGCCUCCACGGCCUUCGUGAAAGCCGGCGGCAGCGCCGCAGGGGACGGGCAGGAUAAGGCCAGGGAUCUGGGGCCCCGGCCCGACUCGGCGGGGAAGAGGCCGCUGGCGGCCGGCCCGCCCCGGGGCGCCAAGAGGCUGCGCCUGGACAGCGAGUCCCCGGAGCCAGUGCCCCCCGCCGAAGCGCUGGGCAGGAGCCUCCGGAGGAGCGUCCCUCAGGCUGAAGCUGCCAGGACGGAGGAGGAGGGCAGUCCCCUUCCGGCCGCCGGCACCCUCCCCCAGACGCCUCCCAGCCCCAAAGAGACCGUGGAGUCCCAGGACAGAGCCAUGGUCGACGCCCUGAAGAGGAUCGCAGAGGCCUCCUUCGACCUGCUGCCCGUCAUUCGCAGCCACGUGUAUGUGGGAAAUAUCUCCAAAAAGCCCGUGAUGAGAGAUCAAGAGAAAGAAGUCGUUUAUGAGUUUAGCACAACGAAAAAGCAUUUAGCAGAGGGCCUGCUGCACUCUAUUCUCUCAGAACUAAAACUUCAGAAGGCGUCCGUGGAGCGCAGCUACAUCCACGCCCUGUGCAGGGUGUACGUGGGCGUGUGUCGCCAGCUGGGGGACCUGGAGAGGGCGCGCCUGUUCUGCUACAGCCUGCUGAAGGAAGAUUUUCCAGAGUCUGAAAAACUGACGUUGUUCAUCGCCAACAUGUGGCACGACGUGUUCAUCUCACCGUCGGCGAUUAACCAGGCCAUGCAGUUGGUGGCCCGGCAGCGCGCCCGCGGGGAGGUCCUGAACUGCCUGCGAGCGUUCCUCAGCUGGGAGAAGAACGCUCCUCUAGAUGUGGGCUUCAUGGUCUCUAAGCUGCUUCUGACCAUACAGUUGUGUCCAAACACAGAGUUUCAGUCCAGCGAAAAGUUCGGAGAAGACCUGAGUGACAACACGUGGGAGUACAUCAGUGCCAUCGACCUGCUGUGCUGCCACCAGAGGUGGGUGUGGACCCACGACAACAUCAUCAGCAAGGAGCUGUGGCCUGUGAUGGAUAAGUGGAUAAAAUACAGAAAAGGACAUGCAAACAUCGCGUACACGCCUGACAUCAUCGUAGCGUCAGUACUGAGGCUCAUUGGUCGUUUAGGUCAGCUGGGUCUGAAGGAAGGGUUUCCAUCCGCCGUGAAGAACAUCAGCGCGGUGAUCGGCAUGUUCAUCCAGCACGCCCAGGACGAAGAUAUACCCUGGGGCAUUCAGCUGGCAGCCGUGUACGCUCUGUGCGACCUGAGCCCCAGCAACCCGGAGGAGAUCGCCAAGAUCCUGGAAGCUUGGCGCCAAGAGACUCCCCGCAGCGUCCCCGCCGCCGUGCUCGGCUCGCUGGAGGAGGUCCGCGCGCUGUGCGCCCCGGAGCGCAGCUGACCGCCCGCCACGCCCGGAGAAGUGCCUUCCCGGGGAAGCACAUGCGUCAGCUUCCGGGGUGCAGAGCGCGGUCCAGAGAGGUGCGAGCGAGCCAGGCGCCCGGGGCGUCCGCGCCCAGGGCUGUCGGCGCGGUGGCUGUGCGUCCCUGGACUGAACACAUUUCACUUAAGCUGUUGCGAUCAUACGACACGUGGAUUGUAGUUUGUUGUGUCUUGGUCCAACAACAAACACUUGAACUUAGCCCUUUUUUUGCUGCAGAAAGUGUCCUUUUAGUGGCUUUUUAAAAUCAAGUGGCAUUUUGUAAUGAAUUUAUUAUAAAAGCAUUGAUUUGGUUUCUGAGCCAGUUUGGACUUUGUGCCCGCAGGACUAACCAGGACAGAAACGGAGAGGCUACAGCAGAGCUAGGAGACCCUUCCCCUGUCUCAGCUGGAAACGGGCUACAGCGUUCUCCCCAAGGCCUGGUGUGCUGAGCAGAGGGGGCAGAACAGGGAGAGCCUUUAGAAGCUUCUUGGAAUGCCUUUCUCCGUGUCUCUAAAGUUCCUUACAAAUAUUUAACUCUGUAUCAGGAAAAGGAGAACCGCGGAGGAGAGCUGCGCGGGUGUGGCCGCCUGCCCGCGCGCGCAGCCCUGCGCGGGCCGUGUACAUACGGACAGCCUAUAAUGUGUCUCACAUUUGAUGAUAUUCCACUUUGGGAAUUUUAGUAUUUGUACAUAGAAAAUGGGUUUAAUAACUCACCGUGGUCCUGAUUUGUCUUAUAUUCAUCAUUUCUUAAAACUCUUGUAUGUGUUUUUAUAAUAAAAAAAUAAAAGUAAGCCA